UUUUUUAAAAAAAGGAUAGUGUUGUGGCCAUGCCGUUAGAAACCAUGCAGGAAGGUUCGGUCAGUCCCCCUGUCUCCCCCGCCGACAGUAUAGCGACCAGCGAAGAAGAGGUGGACAGACAGCAGAAGAGAUACGCCAGGAAGAGGAGGUACAAUAAAAAAUCUAGCGAAGAUGGGAGUCCGAAUCCUGGGAAAAGAACUAAAAAGUCCAGUCCGAGCUCUCAGUCUUACGAGGAAUUGCAAAGUCAGAGAAUUCUGGCCAACGUGAGAGAGCGCCAAAGAACUCAGUCCCUGAACGAGGCUUUUACAUCGCUCAGAAAAAUCAUCCCCACCCUCCCCUCAGAUAAACUCAGUAAAAUCCAGACUCUUAAACUGGCCGCCAGGUACAUCGAUUUUCUCUACCAGGUCUUACAGAGCGACGAAAUGGACAAUAAAAUGAGCAGUUGCAGUUACGUCGCCCACGAAAGACUCAGUUAUGCCUUUUCCGUGUGGAGGAUGGAGGGCGCUUGGUCAAUGUCUGCGACACACUAGUGUUUGACUUCAUUUCCAAACGGGCUGUAAAGCUGGUGGGAGUCAUGGUGAGCCGGAGGUCCGAGGCGUCCUUUGCCUCCAGGACACGAAGGAAUCGGGCACACUCGCUCUGAACUCUCAAACAGCACUUCCAGGCUGAACAGUGAGCAAAACUCCCCCAUCCACACACACACUAACAUACCACAUAUUUCUUAAAUUACAAGAGAAACAUAUUCUUGGUACGAGAUGUCCGCUGAACCAAGUGACAAGCUCUGACUUUAGGGGAAAUCACUCAGUGACUCGAACGGAAGCAGUUUGGGAUCUUUCUCUGCUUUUUUAAAAAUAUUUUAUAACAAAAUAGUCAAUUGCUGAAGUUGUCACCGAGGCUAAUUGUGGGAACAAGACAGAUCAGGAAAAUCCAAAGAAAAGUACGACUCUACCGUAGCAGCGUGACCGUCCACUAAAUCGGGAUUACGCAAAGCUUCACAUUACUAUUUUUUCUGCCGCGUGUAAAUCCUGCUAGUUUAUUUAUUAAAGCUUUCUACCACCUCACCAGAGUGCAAGAUGGUUGUGUGGUGCUUUUUACUAGUGGUUCAUUGGUUCAAAACGGGCACUCUUGAAUUGUGUGUGACCAUUCCUGUGUUUUGGGUACGUUUUCAUUUU